UACUAUAAUUAUUAAUGGAAUAAGGUAUAGUGAAUGGUCAAAUGUGUGACUGAAGUCAGUACAUGGGGGCAAGUAUAAUACAUGGAAAGGAAGGAUAGAAUAUGGAAUGUACUUUUCUAAUUAAGGUAAAUAAUUUUAUUCAGUAUUACAUUAGGCCUUUCUUAAACCAUACUUGAAAAGGAAGAAAAGUUAAAUCAACAGGUGCUUUAAUAUGUGUAAGGUUGCAGGUCACUGAUUUCAGAAGAAGAAUUAUACUUGUAUCCUAAGGUUCACUUGUCUUUGAUUUCCUGUACCCAAAUUGAAGUGAUGGCUGCUUUUGGUUAAGCGAUGAGGCCAAGAGACAUAGACUCAGGCAGAUGAUAACACAUAUGAAAAACAAAACAUGGAUAAAUUUCAGGUUGAAGCACAGAUUAUGUGAACCAUCCGGAGGACGAAGAGACGAUAGGAUGGCAGGUCGACAUGCAUGAUUUUCACAAGUCGUCGUCAUUCGAGCCGUUUGGAGAGUUCUCCUUCCUUUUCACUUUAUCUGUAGCGCCAUUGAUGGACGUUAACAAUAAUCGGAGGCCGGCCGAAGCUCAGGGCGGCGACGCGGCCGCUCCCGCACCGGCUGCGGCCAGAGUAGCUGCGGAGACUGGAGAUUGGCGCUCUCAGCUCUCACAAGAAUCUAGGCAGAAGGUCGUCAACAGGAUAGUCGAAACUCUGAAGAUGCAUAUUCCCUCAUCUGAGGGGAUUCACGAGCUUAGGAGUGUGGCAAUGAAGUACGAAGAAAAGAUUUAUGUUUCUGCUACAAAUCAGCCAGAUUAUUUGAAGAAGAUAUCCAUGAAGAUGAUAUCUAUGGAGAAUAAACCGAGACGGAUGGCCAAUUCUAUGCAGUCUAACAAUGCAACUAGUGCUCAUAAUUCCCAGGUUCCAGGUGUACACACAGGUAUGCAGAGCCAGGUUAAUAGCGAAGGGCAACCACUCUCUUUUCCUUUGGGGACAAAUCAAUCUCAGUCGCGACAGCAGUUAGGGUCUCAUAACAAUACAACCUCAACCGGACUGCAAAAUUCUUCCACCAAUUUGGCUCAGCCUAGCAUAGCAGCAAAUGUUGUCAACCAAGGUUAUGGUUUGCAAGGUGUAGCUAAUGUUGUUCCAGUGGCUAGCACGAUGUGUUCCAAUAUGGUAUCCAAUUCUCAGAGACAGGUGCAGGGAAGACCGCAGCAACAGGAGCAGCAGCAGCAACAAUCUCAGACUUCCUCGCAAAUGUUUUACCCACAACAUGUGCACAACAGUCAAAUGAUGAAGCCCCAAUCCUCAAUGCAAUCCCAUAUUCAGCAACAACAACAAAACUUAGUACAACAUAAUCAGAUCCAACCAUCUCAACGUUCUUCUGUUCAGCAAGCAACAAGUCAAGCUGUGUUUCAGCAACAUUCACAAUCACUGCUCAGGCAGCAACAACAGAAUAACCAACAACAGCAAGGGUCAACGCUGCAGCAAUCAAUGUUACAAAGCCCCCAGCAGCAACAGUUGAUCGGGCACCAUCAAAACCAAAUGAUAGUCCAACAAAGCAGCUUUCUUGACAUGCAGCAACAGAAAUCUAGGGUGAUACCUCUGCAAAGUAACUACUCAAACAUACAUCAACAGCAAUUGAUUAGUCAACAGACUAUGCAUCAGCAGCAAUUGGGCAAUCAAGGACAUACUGUUGGGUUACAGAAUCAACAAAUUCAUGGAAAUCAACCAUGUAGCUCUGGAUUGCAGAGUAAUCAGAACCAUAUCCAGAUGUCACAACAUUCAAAGGUCCCGCAGCAACAAAUGUUGUCGAAUUCUACACAACAGCAGUUGAUGUCACAAAAUCAAACACAACCUGGAGCAUUGCGAAUUCAGCACCAGGCAAAUUCAUUACAACGAGAAGUACAUCAGCGAAUUCAAGCUUCUAGUCCCAUGCUUCAACAACAAAGUGUGAUUGAUCAACAGAAGACACCUUUGCAGCAGCAGAGGGCCAAUCCAGAAGCACCAUCAACUUCUCUAGAUUCAACAGCUCAGACUGGAAAUGAAAAUGGAACUGAUUGGCAGGAAGAAACUUACCAAAAGAUUAAGUCCUUGAGAGAUAUGUAUUAUCGGGAUCUGAAGGAUAUAUACACAAAGCUUUCUGGCAAAUUGGCUCAGCAUGACUCUCUUCCUCAAGCACCAACAAGUGAUCAUAUCAAGAAAAUAAAAUACUUCGUAAGUAUGAUGGAAAACCUUCUACAAGUCUUGGGCCUUAAUAAGAGUGAGAUUCAGUUGCAACACAAGGAGAGGUUAAGUACCCAUGAGAAGCACAUACUCUAUUUUGUUAAUAAUUCCAACAGACCCCGAAAACCUGGUUCAUCCAUUAAGCAAGGGCAACCUCAUCAGCUUCAGAUGCAGCCUAACCAUGCACAAACACAUUACAAUCAAGUCAAUCCUCAGAUGCAAUCUAUACAGGGAUCCAUAGCAGCAACUAUGCAUCACAAUAAUAUGCAGCAAAGUCCAUUCUCUACUGUAUCUGCUGUUUCUGCCCCACAGCGAAACAUGAUAAAUAUGCUGCAGCAUGCCACCGGCGUGGAUUUGGUGCAGGGUAGUUCGUUAAGUUCAAUGCAGAUGGCGGCUGCCAGCCCUUUACAACAGAAUUCAAUAAGUGCCCAACACAUGAACAUAAGUGCUCUACCAUCCAGAAGUGGUGCUAAUACAAUGCAGUCGAGCCUGAGUAGUACCCUUCAUCCAAAUUCCCAUAUGCUUCAGCACCAGCAUUCUAAGCAACAUGAACAACAGAUGCUUCACAACCAGCAUAUACGGCACCAAAAUCAGCAACAGCUUUUUCAUAAGCAACAGUUAAUGCAACAGCAGCGACACAUGAAGCAAUCACAUGCUUCAUUGACAGCACAUCAUUUGCAACAACUUCACCAGAUGGCUGAUUCUAAUGAUUUAAAAUUGACACAACACAUGCCUGUCAAAACAGGUGUUGUCCAGCAGCAUCAGUCUGUUGUUGGUCAGCGUAUGGCAGUACAACAUCAGUCAAGCAUUUCAUCACCUCAACUUCAACAAGCCUUAUCCCCCCAGCUCUCCCACCAUACAUCUCCACAACUUGACAAGCAAACUACAUUGGCUCCUCUCUUCACCAAAGUUGGAACACCUCUCCAAUCUACUAGUUCACCAUUGGUUGUUCCAUCCCCUUCAACUCCUUUGGUUCAAUCCCCCAUGCCAGGGGAGUCUGAAAAAGUUAGUCCUGGCAUUACAUCACUCCCUAGUGCUGGAAACAUAGCGUAUCAAAAAGCUCCUUGUGCAUCUGCACUAGGCCAAUCUCUUUCAAUUGCUACACCAGGGAUAUCAGUGUCACCUCUGCUCGAUGAGUUUAGCAGUCUAGAUGGUACACAUGCCAAUGUGGCAUCAAUAUCCGGGACGACCAGUGUAGAUCAGCCUCUGCAACGCUUGAUUAAAGUGGCAAGUAGGAUGUCCCCAGAGGUGUUCCGUUUAACUGUUAGUGACAUCAGCUCUUUUAUCAGCAUGGUGGAUAGAAUAGCUGGUUCCGCACCAGGAAAUGGAUCUAGGGCAGCUGUUGGUGAAGAUUUGGUUGCCAUGACAAGAUGUCGUAUGCAAGCAAGAAAUAUCUAUUCACAGGAUGUACCUACUGGAACAAAGAAAAUGAAACGAUAUACAAGUUCAAAUGUAGUCUCAUCUUGUGGAAGCGUGUAUGAUGGUUUUGCACAGCGGAAUGGCUCUGAAACAUCUGAUUUGGAGUCCACAGCCACUUCCUGUGUUAAAAAACGAAGGGUUGAGGUUAGCCAUGCACUCGCUCAAGAGAUAAAGGAGAUUAAUAGACGAUUGGUUGAUACUAUAGUCGAAAUCUGUAAUGAAGGUCUUGAUCCAAGUAUUCAAGCUGCUGCACCAGUUGAUAGUGAAGGUGUCACCAUUAAGUGUUCAUUCAGUGCCGUUGCUGUUGGCCCAAGUUUGAAGUCACAUUUUGCUUCAGUGCAAAUGUCCCCAAUUCAGCCUUUAAGACUGCGUGUUCCUGCUAAUUAUCCUAAGAGCUCUCCUAUUCUCUUGGACGUGUUCCCAGUUAAAAACAGCAGCAAGGACUUUGAGGAUAUAUCCACAAAGGUGAAGUCAAGGCUCUCUACAUCCCUAAGAACUCUAUCUGAACCAAUGUCAUUGAAGGAGAUAGCAUCAACCUGGGAUGCCUGCGCGAGAGAGGUCAUCUCCGAGUAUGCCCAACAAAGGGGCGGUGGAAGCUUCAGUUCCAAGUACGGGACAUGGGAAAACUGUUUGAGCAGCGCAUGAGAUGAAACCUCUUCUUCUCCUCCUUCUUCUUCUUCUUCUCCUCACCGCGGGAUGUUAUUAUUUCUAUAUAGCAACAGCAUCAAAGGGUUCUGUUGUCUCCAAUAAGUAAGUAUGACCUGGAGUUUCGAAAUGGCACAUUUCCUUUUUUAUAGCUCCAGAGCCCAUUUCUCUCUCUCUCUCUUGAAGUCUUCUUAGCCAUACUUAGGUUGCUCUACUUUGCUCUCAAAAACAGUGAGAGGAGUGGCAAAAGAAUGUUAUGUAUAUGCAUUUCAUUUAGUAAUAACAGUAAACGAAGGAAAGGCUGCUGCAUGCCUUAUUAUAAGCUAGAUAUACUUGGGCUGAAACGAAAGGAUUUGCAAUCUUUUUUUACCAUUGCCAUUCUCCUUUGCUUCCACACAAUCUCACAUUUACACAUUCCUAAAAAAAAAUCACAAUGUCAAAUGAAUCAAGCAGAGAUGGAGGUCUGUGGUGCGAUUUGAAAGAUUUGGACGACGAUAAAAAAGAGAAGGGAAUUUGUGUUAGAGCCGUUCGGGUUUACGACUUACCCACCCGUGAUGGAAGGCCAAGCACAAUAGAAGUGAUUUUUCAUGGCUCAAAGGGAACAAGGAUUCAUGCACGGAUUAGGAGGCCUGAAAUGAAGAAAUUCAGACCCAAAAUCAAGGAAGGGGCAGUUU